AUGACAACGACUCAGUUCCAGGGGAGAAAUGAUGGACCUCAGAUUGGGACCAAUGAAGGGCCGGUCAGGUUAGAGAUCCAUCAGGAUAUCGAUCGGAUGUGCCUCAAAAAACUUCGUUGCCCAGACUCCCUAGCCGUGAAAACCCGCUUAAAGUUGGCAAAGGACAAAUUCCUCCGUCAAUCAUUCGAGUGGAUUCUCCAGGACUCGCAAUACCGCAGUUGGCGACAUGGGAAUGAUGUCUGUCUUCUCUGGAUCAAGGGCGGUGCUGGGAAAGGGAAAACAAUGAUGUCGAUCGGGCUUACAGAAGUGCUCUCACAGAAACAAGAUACAUCCACUGUGGUGACAUAUUUCUUUUGCCAAAAUGCCAAUAGUUGUAAUGAUCGAGAUCAGACUCUGUUUCCUUUUUGGGACUAG